CACUUCCUCUGCUAACUGCUAACGUCAUUAGUUACUUCAUAAACGUCAUUAUAAGGCUGUUUUCUUUAAUUUUGAUGGAGAGAAAUUUAAUUAUGCUCUUCAACAUCGACCAAAUUCAUAGUUCACUCAAGUUUUAAUCCAGCGGUAGAUCAAUUUAUGCAAUAUAAACUUGUACUGACAAGUAACAAGUUUGUCAGUACAAGUUUGAAGCUGAUGUUUUAAUUGGUGAACUGUUGAACGAUUGAAAUUGGAGAAUCAUCAGACCACAAGGAACAUGAGAAGCAGAACAUCACCUGAGAACAACAGAUUUGUGGAAGCUGAGAAGUCUUAUCAAAGGGGGGAGAUUUUGGCCCACCCAAAUUUAAAGAUUUUCACUUAUUCAGAACUCAUGGUUGCUACUAGAGAUUUUGCAGAGGAUACGGUACUGGGAAGAGGUGAACUUGGGAGAGUAUACCAAGGGUGGCUUGAUAACAAGUCAAACAGUGACACCCCAUCAGUAAUUGCUGUUAAGAAACUGGAUUCUGAAGGAACGCUAGGAUUUGGAAUAUGGAAGUCUGUCUUGAACACGCUUGGAAGGCUAUCUCAUCCUAAUGUCACGAAACUCCUUGGAUACUGCAGCAAGAAUAACAAGCUGCUACUUGUAUAUGAGUUUAUGCAAAAGGGCAGCUUGGAGAAUCACCUCUUCAGAAGGGACUCUGCAGUUCAGCCACUUCCAUGGAACAUAAGAUUUGAGAUUUUAAUCGGAGCAGCACGAGGUCUGGCUUUCUUGCAUGCAUCAGAGCUAUAUGGUUUCUUUACCCAAAAAGGAAGGAGGCAAGGUUUCUACCAAUUCUUUGAGCCCUCAAACAUAUUGCUUGAUAGUUCCUACAAUGCCAAGAUAUCUGGUUUUACUGUGGCAAAUGUGUAUCCUCCUGAAGUCGUUGAUGGAAAACAUCCCUUUUUUUAUGUCACAGGACGUUAUGUUUAUUGCGCUCCUGAAUGUAGUCCGCUAUCAGGAGACUAUUUGUUGUCUGUGAAGAACGAUGUAUAUGGUUUUGGUGUCGUAUUGAUCGAGAUGCUAACAGGGUUAUCUGCAAAAAGCAAUUAUGGUCUAGUUCAUUCGGCCAAAUCUGAGUUCACCGCCAAAGGAAACUUAGAGAACCUAAUGGAUCCCCUCUUAGAAGGGAAAUAUCCUUCAAAAGCUGCUCUACAAAUGGCUUAUCUUGCUAUAAGAUGCCUUCAGGAUUCACCUGAAGCUAGACCAUCAAUGAAGAAAGUUGUGGAGGCUCUAGAACACAUUUAAUCUAUUCAGGAGAACCAUAGCUAAAAUAUGUGCACCCCCAAUAUCUAAUCGAUGUCCGCGACAGCCUUUGGAUCAGCAAUGCUCUUCUUCAACAAAAGGAAUGAAGGGCUUCCAUGAUCCAUGAGAUCCACUUCCAGAAUGUUAAUAAUUCAUAUGCACUUCCUCUUCAAAAAGACAGAUCCCUUCACAAAUUUGUCCUGAUCUAUAUGUUUCUUUUACAAUCCCAAAUUGCAAUGGGAUGUUGCGGUGCAAUGGCUUGGACUGUUAUUUUACAAGUUCAAAUCAUAGGCUAGAAUGCUUUUGGCUGAUCUCUUUCCAGGUAGUAUUUGGUAAACCUUGGCAGGAUGGCAGUUUUGACUUCUGAUAGAGUGCCUGUAGAUAGCAAACCUUAUUAUGACAUUGAGAAUAUCUCGUGUCUGUACAUACCUAUACUCCAUAUAAAAUUGUCUUGUAUGAUUUACGUUUUUCCA